AUAAAAAAUAUGGAUAUACAUUGCAUGCUAAUUUAAAGUUUUAGAGCCAGUAUGGGCUGCGGGUGUAGCCAAGGUAAAGUUGCACCAACUACUUUCUCUAGAGGUUCCCAGCCAGGAAGUUCAAGAGCUCGUAACCAUGAUAUAUGUGCGCAAUGUGGUAUAGACAGCCAACGUAAGGUAGCUACAUGGUGGUGUGAGGACUGCCAACAGUGUAUCUGUAACUACUGUGCCUGGAACCAUUCUAAUGUUGCACAAACAAAGUCCCACUACCUGGUACCCGCUUCCUCUCUUCCGAAACCCAAACCACUGAAACCAGCUUGGGAGCAAGAAAGGAAGUCAAAACAAGCGCUGCUCAUUGCCAACUUUGAUUCAAAAGCUGAUCUUCAUUAUGUAGAGACACAUCAUGAAGAUCACUGGAACCGGUCAGACGGACAAGAAUAUGAGCGAGGCGAGUGUUUACUGCCGAUUGUUAAAGGUCGUUGCUGCCCAAAACGAUACGUGACACAGGCAGCUGCCAUUAAUACUGCUUGUACAUUUCUACCUGGCGGCUACAUCGCUGUCGCUGAUUACUUGAAUGAGCAAGUAAAACUUUUUGACAGCAAAUUUAAUUGUUCAUCUUACAUAAAACUUGAAGGAUGCAGUCCAAUUGAUAUAUGCUCACAUGGCUCUGAUAUAUUUGUAUCCAUUGAAAACAAGUGUAAGUUAGAGAAAUUAAAUGUCACCUUGCCAGUUCUGUGUUUUGGCAGAAAAUUAGAGAGAAAGGAAAUUAUCAAAACAGAUGGAUAUUGUGACAGUAUAGCUGUGUGCAGACUAUCCUAUUUUUCUUACGGCUUGGUGGCUGGCAUGACAUUUUCAUCAACAUAUUACACAAAACGUUAUCAAGUUCAUAUUAUGAAUUUUAAUGGGGAAGUUAAGAAAAUGUUAUUUUAUGACAACACUGGGCAGACACUGUUCCAUGGUAAAGUGUUUGUUAGUGGGUCAACAAGAAAAGGAGAAAUUUAUGUGUCUGACAAGACCAGUGAGACAAUUCAGGGUUUCAAUAUUAUCACCGGAGAAGGACUUUUUAACAUUACAUCUAUUCAAGAACCUCUGGGACUGACUGUCGAUAAGAAGAACAACAUCUAUGUCAUUACAAAUGCUUGUUUUUAUUGGAUACCACCCGAACGAGAGGAUGUGAUCCCAUUUCUAAGGUGAGGUCAUAGGUCAAAGUCUCACAACUGUUGCUAUAACAACAAAAGUAAAACUCUGGCGGUAACUUCUAGUCACUCGGAAACAGUGCAGCUAUACAAAAUUUUAUGAUAUAUAUCUACAUAUGAAAAAUGACUGGGGAACACAAUAGGCCCUAAUUGCUCAAGUGAGUGUAGAAGCUUGAUCUACUGAUGAUCAAGUGAGCCCAGAAGCUGGAUCUAUUGAUGCUUAAGUAAGCUGUGUUUUACAGGAACAUGUUUUAUGAUAAUUACAUAUUAAUUUAUUAAUUAUUAAUAAUUAUUUCAUGUGUAAGUUACAAGUUGUGCAUGUACUAUAUCAGUAUGUAAUGGACAUAACAGAUAUCAAUAGCAACUGAAAUGACUACAAUUAUGAAAUGGGUUUUAAAGCAUAAUGUGUAAUGAAUCUUAAAGAUAUUAUUACAAGUGUAAUGAAAAGUCUCUUAUAGUAAACAAAAAUGAUAUUAUCUUUGAAAUAUUAUCAAUGUCACUUUGAAAAGAAAAAUGAGCUUUAAUAUCAAUGCAAACAAAUGCUAAAUGGUGAUAUGUGCUUUGAAAGGAUCAAUUUUCAUGAAAAUGAAAGUCAAAUUACUGCUUAUGAUUUAAAUCAUUUUUCAUCUGUAUAUAUCACGAAAAAAUACAGGCUGUCAAACAAAAUGAACCUGAUAACAGCUUCAGUUUCUGCUGACUUUAAAUAAAAUAAUCCAAGAUAGAACUUGUGAAACUGAAUAAGCAUUUCAAACUUCAUUCUACACUUUCACCAUUAUCAUGCUACUGGUUUCCCAGUAGUUUCCGGACCCAAGUAGUUUUCCGGACCUUUUACAUUUCAUGCUGUGUAGACUUUACCCCGUCGUAAAGCAUCUGGGUAACAAUAUCAUACCAUCUAGACCUUUAUUGCCUUUACAUAGCAGCGAAACCUAG